UGGUAGCUCACCACAGAUGCCUUGUUGGACUGUAGACUAUGGAGUAAAAAUUUGAAGUCAAAAGUCCAAAUAGUAAUUGCUUCUCUGUUCACUUUCCAAGCCGAUCACAUUCACAUAUAUUUACUCGCCCGCCCGCCCGCCCGCCGGGUAUAGACUGUCCGUACAUCUACUGUUGUAUUUUUUUCUUCAUCCAAUUGAAUUGAAGAAGGAGCGAGCUUCCAUGUCGCUGAGGCCCAACGCCAGAACUGAGGCUCGCCGGAGCCGGUACAAGGUCGCCGUUGAUUCCGACGAUGGCCGCAGAAGAAGAGAAGAAAACAUGGUGGAGAUCCGCAAGAGCAAAAGAGAGGAGAGCCUGUUGAAGAAGCGGCGCGAUGGCCUUCAGCCUCAACAAUUACACAACUUCACUCCCCCCGCUCCUCAUAUCGCCAAAAAGCUAGAAAGUCUACCUGCUUUAGUCGCCGGCGUCUGGUCAAAUGACACCACUUUGCAACUUGAAUCAACAACUCAGUUCCGGAAGCUCCUUUCUAUAGAGCGUAAUCCCCCUAUGGAAGAGGUGAUACAAGCUGGAGUUGUUCCUCGCUUUGUUGAUUUUCUUGCUAGAGAUGAGUACCCACAGCUCCAGUUUGAAGCUGCUUGGGCUCUCACCAAUAUUGCGUCUGGCACUUCAGACAACACAAAAGUUGUAAUUGAUCACGGUGCUGUUCCCAUUUUUGUCAGACUUCUUAGCUCUCCAAGUGAUGAUGUUCGCGAGCAGGCUGCUUGGGCAUUAGGAAAUGUUGCUGGUGACUCACCCAAGUGCCGUGAUCUUGUGCUUAAUCAUGGAGCUUUGAUGCCACUUUUAGCACAAUUUAAUGAGCAUGCUAAAUUGUCCAUGCUGCGGAAUGCAACCUGGACAUUAUCAAAUUUCUGUAGAGGCAAGCCUCAGCCCCAAUUUGAACAGAUGAAAGCAGCUCUGCCUACCCUUGCACAGCUUGUACAUUCAAAUGACGAGGAAGUCCUGACAGAUGCAUGCUGGGCGCUUUCAUACCUCUCUGAUGGUCCUACCGAGAAAAUCCAAGCUGUAAUUGAGGCUGGAGUCUGUCACCGCCUUGUUGAGCUUCUACUUCACCAUUCACCAUCCGUUCUCAUUCCUGCCCUCCGUACUGUUGGUAAUAUUGUUACUGGGAAUGAUGUUCAGACUCAGAUUAUCAUUGACCAUCUGGCUCUUCCCUGCCUUCGUAACUUAUUGACUCAAAAUUACAAGAAAAGCAUCAAGAAGGAAGCUUGCUGGACUAUCUCAAAUAUUACAGCUGGAAAUAAGGACCAAAUUCAGGCCGUCUUUGAUGCUGGUAUAGUUGAGCCUCUUGUUUAUCUGCUCCAAAAUGCUGAGUUCGAUAUAAAGAAAGAGGCUGCUUGGGCAAUUUCAAAUGCUACUUCUGGUGGAUCUCCCGCACAAAUCAAGUUCUUGGUUUCUCAGGGUUGUAUAAAGCCGCUAUGUGAUCUUCUAGCUUGUCAUGACCCAAGAAUCGUGACAGUCUGCUUGGAAGGACUUCAGAACAUUCUGAAGAUUGGUGAAGCAGAGAAGGAUGCGGAUGGUGUUAACAAAUUUGGACAAUUGAUUGAAGAAGCUGAUGGUUUGGACAAGAUUGAAAACCUUCAGAGCCAUGAUAACCAUGAUAUAUAUGAUAAGGCAGUUAAGAUCCUUGAAGCUUAUUGGUUGGAUGAGGAUGAAGAGCAGCUACCUUCGGAUGAUGCUCCGCAAUCUGGAUUCAACUUUGGAGGUGGUGAUCUUUCUGUUCCAUCCGGGGGGUUCAAGUUCAGUUAAGGAUUGAAAUGAAGUAGUCAAGGUCUUGCCCUGUAAUAGGUACAUUGGCAUCAGGUGCACAGGGUAUGUUGUUAUGUGGGGUUCAAGUUUAACCUGGCUGAGAUAAUAUUGAUCUGCUUUUCUUUCAUCGAGAUGUCUAAAUAAAGAAUAGGAGAUAUGAGACAGAGCCAGCCAAGAAUGAAACAGUCAGUCCCCGUUGUGAAGAAGGCAAUGUUGUUUAAAACUUAUAAUUCAGGGGGUUUGCUUAUUUUUUGUUGAUUUUUGCAAGCUAUCUGUUGUGGAAAUGGAUGGGAGGUUUCAUCGGUGGUUUUUAAAUGUCCUUCCUUCUCUUGCUUUGUUCUUUAGCAAUAGAUAGGGCUCAUGUAAGCUCAGUGUUUUGUUCAGUCAAAAGGUCAUAUACUCUAUAUAAUAUUCAUACGUUGAAGCUUAAUAUGGUAA